AUGAUGGCAAGUCCUAACACCACCAGAGCCAUGAUUGCGGCAACUGUCGAUGAGUUCUCAUUCAUGUUCACCGAUAUCCCACCACGAUUGUGCAACGCCAACGACUCGCCGUCGGUGAGCCAUAAAAACGGCUAUCCUCCACACCCUCACCGAGAUUUUGUAAUCCAGCUCAAUGAGAAGCUUGAGGCGUGGAACGCUCGUACUUACCCUCUAUCACCCCCCACAUCAGACGAGUUUUCUCUCUCCUCCUCCUCAACUGCUUGCAGGUACAGCGCGAUUGACAGGAUCAAUCCAUACGAUCUUUACGGCCCUCCAACUGCAGAGUCUGAGACUCCCUCCCACAUUCUUUUAUUCCAAGACCAAGAUCAGGACCGCAGCGCGACCUCCUCCACCUCCUCACAAACUCCAACAAGUCCAAAAUUUCAAAAUAUUGCCCUGGAAACCCCAUAUAUGGAUCACUGCACAGCACCACCAGCUUAUACUGAAAACCCGUACUCGGCCGCAAAUAUGCACAACACAAACCCAUGCUACAUCCCAUUUGAAUAUGCAAAACUACCUCAUUUCCACCCCCCGCGGUUCUCGCGCCGCCUAAGAGAGCUAAUUGCCGAUCGCCGCCGGCCCAUGCAAUUACAUUUACUACCUUUACACAAACCACGAAACAACGAGAAACAAGGAUGGAUUAUUGCCACUCCAGACUCCACAUUACUUCCUACACCAAGGAACAGGUUUUUGGCAUGGUGGGAUAGCUUUGAUCCACGGCUGGUGGUUUUUGUUAGCUUGAUGACAAUGCUUUUUGGUGUUUUUAUUAUUGCGUUGGUUGUGAGUGGCUUUUUGCAGUGA